GACCGCUCUACUCAGAAUCUGCACGCUGAGAGACGGGGUGCGGUGCAGGCACCCAGCGCUUUGCAGGGACUCCGCGCACUGCUCAAGGGGCCCACGCCCCAGCUCAUACGGAUAGACGUGCGGAACAAGGGCUGCGCAGGGCUCUCGUACCACCACGAAUACGUCGAUGAGCCGGGCAAGUCCGACGAGGUGGUCGAGCAGGACGGCGUGAAGGUCCUCAUCGACAGCAAGGCGUUCUUCUCCAUCAUCGGCAGCGAGAUGGACUGGUACGUGAACGCGCUCAGCGCGAAGUUCGUGUUUAAGAACCCGAACAACAAG